UCGCGAUCAAAUCGCACUUCGCUAUUGCCACCGCAAUGCGUUAAACUGCCGCAAUUCUAUUGUGCCUCAUUUCUGUAUUGUGAAUCCACCUUUACCUUUCGUUAUUGUGUGACAGCGAAUAUGUUUACUUUUGUCGAUUUCUCAUACUUGUGUGUGCCCUUUAUUGUAUAGUGUGUGACCAGGGUGGCGAAGGUAACUUUUAAGUACUUAUUACGUCUGAUAUAACCUUCAUAAGGAUGCGGUACCGAUUCUCCGGAUAUAUCUGGUGAUUCGGUGCUGCUGCCGGCGUCGUUCCCAGCCCCUUUGGUCAUGCCUGCAUUUCGGUCCAUCUGGCAAAACGUAGAAUACGGAAUAGUUCGAUCUGUGAAUAUGAAUUGGACAAAAGCACCGCAGACCAUUAUUUUUCAGCUGCCCUAUCAAAACAUGUUCUGUUUAUGAUAGUCUUCCAUCUUGUUCCUCGUCCCAUGCUGGAAUAGACUACAGAGCAGUGUUAAUUAAUUAAACAUUAAAAAAAGUGUGACUCCCAUGACUGACUCGACAUUGGUAAAAUUCUUCAAAAGAAGCCAGAAACUUAAAAAUACAAUAGAGAUUCAUCUGUCUCAUGGCCUGGCACUUGCCAACGAUCACAAAUUAGAAAAUGAUUGCCAUAAUUUUCAUAUUGUUUCUCUAAACAGACACUGCCCAAGUCCAAGCGGCCGACAUAUAGCAAAUAAUAAUUACUGGGAAGACGGUAUAUAGGUACCUAUACCAAUCACCAUAAUUUUUGUAAAUAAAUAAUUUUACAAAACUGACACUGGCGCAAGCCAUGAACUUCAAAGUGGAAGCAAGUGAAUUAGAAAACAGCCCUAUGGAUUUAUAUGUGAAUGUCCACAUUAAACAAGAGCCAGUUGGUGUUACAGAAGAAGAACAAAGGAAAAUGGAGGAGCCGGAACUGUAUGCAGAUCAUGAAAUUAAGGAAGAAUUGGUUGUAGGACCUGUGGUGUUGCAGCCUACUGAUUUAGCUCAAACAAGAUACAUGCAGAACACACCUGAUGGGUUGAAUGUUGAUACUCGACCUAACAAAUGUGAUAGCAACACUAAAUGUUAUACAGGUAAAUACCAUCUUAAGCUUCAUAAAAUAACUCGUACCGGAGAGAAGACGAACCAAAAUUUAAGCACUCAGACAGGAAAGAAACAGUACAAAUGUGAUUAUUGCAAUAAAUGUUUUGCAACAAAAUCUCUUGCUAAACAUCAUAUAAUGGUGCAUACUGGAGAGAAACCAUAUAAAUGUGACCACUGUAACAAGGCUUUUGCUUCUAAAUACUAUUUAAAUACACAUUUUUUAACAAUUCAUACAGAAGAGAAACCGUACGAGUGUGAUUUUUGCAAUAAACAUUUUGCAACAAAACCUCAAGUUAAGACUCAUAUAAUAAUGGUUCAUACUGGAGAGAAACCAUUCAAAUGUGACCACUGUCACAAGGUUUUUGCUUUUAAACAUCAUUUGAAUGCACAUUUAAAGAUUCAUGUGAAAAAGAAACCAUACAAAUGUGAGUACUGUAACAAAGGUUUUGCUUCUAAAUACCCUUUAAAUACACAUUUAAUGGUUCAUACUGGAGAAAAACCCUACAUGUGUGCUAUUUGCAAUAAACGUUUUAGAGCAAAACGUCAAGUUAAGCGUCAUAUAAAGGUCCAUACUGGAGAGAAACCAUAUAAAUGUGACCACUGUAAUAAGGCUUUUGCUUCUAAAUAUCAUUUAAAUACACAUUUUUUAACUAUUCAUACAGGAGAGAAACCCUAUGUGUGUGAUAUUUGCAAUAAACAUUUUGCAACAAAAUGUCAAGUUAAUAAUCAUAUUAUUAUCCAUACUGGAGAGAAACCAUUCAAAUGUGACCACUGUCACAAGGUUUUUGCAUUUAAAAGUCAUUUAAAUGGACAUUUAAAGACUCAUAUGGAAAAGAAACCGUACACAUGUAACUUCUGUAACAAAGGUUUUGCUUUUAAAUACCCUUUAAAUACACAUUUAAUGAUUCAUACUGGAGAGAAACCCUAUGUGUGUGCUAUUUGCAAUAAACGUUAUAGAGCAAAACAUCAACUUAAUCGUCAUAUAAAGGUCCAUACUGGAGAGACACCAUACAAAUGUGACUACUGUCACAAAGUUUUUGUUUUUAAACAGCAUUUAAAUGCACAUUUAACUAUUCAUACAGGAGAGAAACCAUAUGAGUGUGAUAUUUGCAAUACACGUUUUGCAGCAAAAUAUCAAGUCAAGAAUCAUAAGAUAAUGAUCCAUACUGGAGAGAAACCACACAAAUGUGACCACUGUCCCAAAGUUUUUGCUUUUAAACACUAUUUAAAUGCACAUUUAAAGAUUCAUGUGAAAAACAAAACUAUACAAAUGUGACUAAGUGUAACAAAUGUUUUGCUUCUAAGUAUAGUUAAAAGCACGUCAAGCUUGACUAGAGAUGGGUCAUGGAUAAAUAUAAUUGGGAUAAAUAUUCAGUAUAAAGAUA